AUGGCAGCUCUCCCUGCAAGGUCUCUCAGCGGGUCCACUGUCUCGCGGUGGUCUGAAGCACGUAGGCGAUCAGGUUCUCGUCUUUCGUCAUGCCAAAGAUCGCCGCGCUGCAGCUCGCCCUGGUGGCUGAUCGUCUACUGCUUCUUCGCCAACGGUUUCACCAUCGGAUGCUACAGGUCCAUCGUCGUCUUCAUACCCGACAUCAUGGUCACGUUCGACAGUAACAGUACUCUAAUGGGUUGGCUGUUUUCCAUCGAUUACCUACUGGUCGGUAUUUUGACUCCGGUUGCGGCAUACCUGACUUCGAAAUUCGGAACAAGACCAGUGGUGAUGGCGGCCGGUACGUUCGCUGCUUCUGGGGUGCUGAUGCUGUCACGGGCCAAACACAUCGGGCUGGUGUUGUUUGGAAUAGGAGUAGUGACAGCAUCUUCGAAGGCGGUUCUUUAUGCCUCUACCAUGCUGCUGACACGAAGGACCUUCCAGAAACACUACGCCCUGGCAAACGGUAUCAAUAUAUCCGGUUACAGCUGUUUUCUGUUCCUCUUCCCGCCAAUCCUCGAGGCGCUGCGUGAUGUCUACGGUUGGCGAGGAGCAUGUCUCAUACUCUCAGGAUGUAUGCUUAACACUGUGGUCAUGGGUCUACUGAUGAAGUCAAGGCAAACGAUAAGGAAUCCAGCGACAGAAGACGGGCAAACUUGUCAUGGCCAAGCAGUCGACACCCCAGACAAACACCAAGAAGGAGACAGGGGCACAUCGACUUCUUUGCACAUGGAUUCACAUGUUGAAAGCCAGCACCAUGAAAAUGCUAACGGAUCGAAAAUGAUGCAGAGUGCAAAGAGCCAAACAGGGCUCUUUCAAUGUCAUGAAGCAUCCCUUACUGUAGAAGAAGAGAUAUCUGUUGACACUAACGACCAAAGGUAUCUUCCGGACCAGGAGAACACAUCUCACGAUGGCGUUCAAUUUUCCCACUGUCUAAGUGCUAAUGCUGUUGAUGAGUCAAUGAUAAAGGACGAGAACAACCCUAUGUUACCUAAGACUGGGAAUUCUGAACACCGGCCUUUGUCGAUAUCUUCGCCACGACAUGGUUUGAGCGGCAAAGGCCAGACGCCACUUCAAGAAACUGCUGCCCUCAAACACGACGAGGACAGUAUUAUAGUGGUGUCAGGAGAGGGAUGUGGACCAUUACAGAGGUAUCACCGGUACUUCAUAUCCCAGAACUACCACACCUUCAUCAUCUACACGCUCUCAGUGUUCUUCUUAACCACAGCUCUCAGUAUCUUCAUGAUACACAUCACGCCCUCGUUGAAAGAAUCCGGUGUAGGUUCACAAGACAUCGCCACUUGCUUGUCCGUUUUCGCUGCUUCCAAUCUGGUGGGUUCUUUCAUUUAA